CAAAAACAGAUGGAUGAAUACUUAUAUAUUCUCCACAACCCGUAUACUUACAGUUCAUCAAUAAUCUAGUUCGUACUUAACGGACAUCCAAAGUUCCCAUACCAACACAAGGCAUCCCAGUGCACUGCUGCACGACCAAAUCACCACCAAAGCAUCAAUACCAUGGAUAUAUUUCCUCUGAUAAGAUGCUUUAUGCUUUCAAAAUGUUUUGCAUGUGUUUCUCCCCACUCCGUCCGCCUCUCGGCGUCUGCGUAGCAGAGCGUAGUCCAACCCAUGCACGGGACGAGUACGGGCGUGCGACCUACUCCGGACACCUGGAUGGCUGGAUGGUCGCGGACGCCGAAACCCCGGUACCGAAAGCCCCGAACCCAUCAAACCUGACGUGCGACCGCGACUGCCCGCCGCCCAGCCACCAGACGCCACGACCUCACCAUUUCCGUUUCCAUCACCCCUGGCCCUCUACCAGUCAGUCACCACUUUAUUAUGCACAACCCCGCGCGCGCGCCAUCGACUUCGUCCAAGAAACGCACCCCGCCCGCCCACCAGUCCACCACCGCCAGAUGACGACGACGCCUCGCCACCAUGCGGCGUCGUCGCCGCCGCUCGCCGUGCUCACGCUGCUACUGCUACUGCUGCUGCUGCUCGACACCCCCGCCGCCGCGCAGCAGCAGAGCCCGUCGCGGGACAAGGACAACGGUGGCGGCGCCGUCGGCGGAGGAGGAGAGAGCAUGCCGGGCCAGUCGCCCAGCUUCAGCGCUCCCAUGAUCGUGCUGCUGGUGGCGCUCAUCGCGGCCUUCUUCUUCAUCGGCUUCUUCUCCGUGUACAUGCGGCGGUGCGGGCGGGGCGCCCCCGCGGGGCCCGGGAUCCCGGCCGCCGCGCUGCUCGCCCUGUCGCGGCAGGAGCAGCGGGACCGGGACCAGCAGCAGCAGCAGCAGCAGCGCGGGCUCGACCCCGCCGUGGUCGCGUCGUUCCCGACGAUGAGGUACGCCGACGCGAAGGAGCUCCGGGUCGGCGGCGGCAAGGACGUCGCGCUCGAGUGCGCGGUCUGCCUCAGCGAGUUCGAGGACGACGAGGAGCUCCGCCUGCUGCCCAGCUGCAGCCACGCCUUCCACCCGGACUGCAUCGGGGAGUGGCUCGCCGGCCACGUCACGUGCCCCGUCUGCCGGUGCAACCUCGACCCCGAGGCGGAGACCGCCGCGGCUGAGGCGGCCACCAGCUCCAGUGAGGCGACGGCGACGGGGGAGGCGCAGCAGCAGCGGGAUCAGAUGGCCAUCGACGUGAGCCACCAUGGUGCCGAGGAAGAGGAGGAGGAGGAGGAGGAGGACAGGAAGCGCCGGGAGGAGGCGAUGGAGCUGGAGCGGAUCGGGAGCCAGCGCCGCGCGUUGCGGUCCCGGUCGGGGCGGCCGGCAGCGCCGCCCGUGCCCGUCCCGCGGUCGCACUCGACGGGCCACUCCCUCGCCACGCGCCUCGACGGCGACCUGGAGCGGUUCACGCUUUGUCUGCCGGAGCACGUGCGCAGGGAGAUGGUCGCCGCGGCCGGCGAGGAGAGCCUGCGCCGCACGGGGCCGCGUGACGCCCGCGGCGGGAACGGCGGCGCCAGGAGCGCGCGGCUCGGGUGGUCGGACCGGUGGCCGUCGUUCAUCACCCGGACCUUCUCCUCGCGGGUCCCGUUCUGGUCCGCGUCGUCGAGGAGGGCGCCCGACCUGGCGGAGGCGGCCGUGGCAGCGGGUACGACCGGAGGAGCCACGACCGCGAGGACCAGGCGUGAGAAGACGGGCGGCGCCGCGUCGGACGGCGGCUCGGUGACCCCGGCUAAAGGCAGCGUGCGCUUCGACUGCCUCGGCGGCGUCGCCCCCGGCGUGACGGGCGCGAGAGUCGGCGCCGCGGCCGGCGACAGCGAGACGGAGGAGGACGUGGACGAGGACGACGAGGAGAAGGCGAUCGCCCGGCAGCGGCAGGCUUGAGCGUGCGCGGAAAGCGGCCCGCAUGUGCUGCUCGCCUACUUUGCCCCACUCGUCCGUUGAAACGGCAACGGCAGCCAUGCAUGUCGCACGACAAACUGCACGUGGUCUGGUGUGGUGGCGUAUCGCACUUCGUACGUAUCAAUGCGCGGCGAGAGGAUUUGGACGAGACGAGGCGCUGCAUGUCUGGAGACGUGAUGUGCAGACGUAUCCAGUGUCCAAUCCAUCGCCAUGUGAAUGGGAUCCGCGAGACGAAGCAGGUGGCACGCGAGUGGGAACGCACCGCUGAAGCGGUGAUUCCGUCGUUCAGGUGCAAAUAGUUUCUUUUUCCAAUCUUUUUGUGUUAGCGUCUAGUACUUCUCACUUCUCAGGGAAAAAAGGAGUUAUUAUUGAUUCAUUUCUUUCGUUGCCGUUGAAGAAUUGGAGGUGUAAGGUAUACUUGAACUUGGGCUGGGUCAAAACCUGAGAAAAUAGUAUUUAAUAAAUAGAUUAAGGAAAAAAGAUCGAGAUAAGCGUUGACUGA